AUGCUCAUAAUCCUCACCAAGGAGCAUUCAUCUAAUCUUGAAAAGAUGAACAAGGUUGUGGAUGCCUCUGUCUCGGUCUGCAACCAAAUGACCGAAAAAGUCGAUAAACUAAUUUUUGAUGCCAUUGAGUUUAUGAACAACUUCCAGUCUUCUUUUGAGAACAAUAGAUCAAGAGCUAAUGAAGCAAUUGCCAAUGUUGGUUCUUCUCUUAAGGCUGAACGAGCAAAGCUGCAAGAAGUCAGAACUGUAAUCACCACUGAUCACGAAGAGAUUAAAUCCUUAAUUUCCUCACAAAUCUCCAAACUUCAGGAUGAUCUUGCCAUGGAAAGUAAAAUAAUAGACUUCCUUGCCAUUAAAACAAAAAAUUUAAGGUUCUUACUGUUAAGCUCGAACAAGCUGAAAAGUAGGUAUAGGAUUUGA